AGGAGACUGUCAGCAGUGCUCUUGUUUCACUGGAAGCUGGUGAAGAUACCGGGGCCGGUACAGAUUGUGCACUUGCGAUUGUGCCAGUUCAAGUAAAGAUGGCAAAUGGAAGCAAGUCUACGUUAACCUAUGCAUUUCUCGAUUCUGGUAGCUCAGCAACAUUUUGUACGGAGAGACUCAUGAGGCAGUUGCAGGCUAAAGGCAGUGAGACUGAAAUUCUGCUACGCACAAUGGGGCAGGAGAGUCCUACCAAGAGCUUUGAGAUAUCUGGAUUAGAGAUUGGCAAUGUGGAAGGUGACACAUUUCUUGCAUUACCAAAGGUCUACACCCAAAAUAAGAUCCCAGUGACAAGAGGGAACAUUCCCACUCAGAAAGAUCUCAAAAGGUGGCCAUACCUGAAAGAAGUUCAGUUGAAGGAAAUUGACGCCGACGUCGAACUCCUGAUUGGCGUAAAUGCUCCAAAGGCAAUGGAACCCUGGAAAAUCAUAAAUGGCCAAGGCAACGGACCGUAUGCAGUGAAAACCCUCUUUGGAUGGGUGAUGAAUGGUCCUCUUAACAAUUGUACCAUGGCAGAAGAAUCUGGGCACACUACGGUGAUGGCCAAUCGUAUCUCAAUUGCCGACCUGGGGGUUCUUCUUGUAAAUCAGUACAACCAUGACUUCCCUGAGAGAGGGUAUGAAGAGAAAAGUGAGAUGUCAGCUGAGGAUCGUAGGUUUAUGGAGAUCGUAUCAAGCUCCAUAACCCUCAAAGACCAUCACUACUACUUACCGUUGCCCUUUCGCAAAACAGAUGUAGUCCUGCCAAACAAUCGUGACAUGGCAAAGCAGCGGGCUCUAAAUAUUAUCAGGAAAUUCAAGAAGGACAAAGGUUACGCUGCAGAGUACAAAGGCUUCAUGGAAGAGAUGAUAACAAAAGGUUACGCCGAGAAGGUACCACAAGAACAGCUCCUCAGAGAGAAAGGCAAGGUAUGGUACAUACCACACCAUGGCGUUCACCAUAAGCGCAAAGGAACGAUACGAGUAGUGUUUGACUGUUCAUCAUCCUAUAAAGGUAUAUCUCUUAACAGUGAACUCCUUCAAGGCCCUAACCUGGCAAACACGCUUAUAGGAGUCUUGCUAAGAUUUCGGCAAGAGCACAUUGCCAUGAUGGCAGACAUCGAAGGAAUGUUCCAUCAAGUACGUGUCCAUGAAGAUUACUUAGACUUCCUGCGAUUCCUAUGGUGGCCGGAUGGUGAUACUAACAAAAGAUUGGAGGAGUACAGAAUGACAGUACAUCUUUUCGGUGCUAUAUCCUCUCCAAGUUGUGCAAACUUUGCACUGCGAAAGACUGCAGAAGACAACUGUGAGAGGUACGAUGAAGAGGUAAUUCAAACAGUCAAGUCCAACUUCUAUGUUGAUGACUGCCUCAAGUCAGUGGCCACAGAAGAACAAGCCAUAGCUCUCACGAAAAACCUCAGGGAUGUGUGCUCUCAGGGUGGGUUCAAAUUGACCAAGUGGGUCAGCAACAGCCGCACUGUGCUGGCUUCUAUCCCUGAUGAACACAAAGCCAAGCAGAUAAAAGAAAUGGACCUGGACAGAGAAAAGCUGCCUGUUGAAAGAGCACUUGGAAUCCGAUGGAACAUUGAAAGUGAUGCAUUUACCUUCCGAGUCACUGUCAAGAACAGACCCCUUACAAGAAGAGGUAUUCUCUCAACUGUCAGCUCUAUUUAUGAUCCAUUAGGUUUCCGCGCCCCAUUUGUAUUAAAGGCAAAGCAAAUCCUUCAAGUGCUCUGCAAGCUAAAGUGUGGAUGGGACGAAGUCAUCCCUGAAGAACACUCUAUUUCAUGGCAGAGAUGGCUCUCAGAGCUGGACCAGCUCUCCAGAUUCCAGAUAGACAGGUGUAUGAUGCCUGAGAACUUUGGUCAAGUCAAGACGGCACAGCUGCAUCACUUCGGUGAUGCAAGUGAACAAGGUUAUGGCACGGCAAGUUACCUUAGGUUCACAAACGGUAUGGAAAAGGUUCACAUUGCAUUCAUACUGGGGAAAUCAAGGGUGACUCCACUCAAGCAGAUGACAAUCCCCAGACUGGAACUUGCUGCAGCAACAUUGGCAGUGCGAGUGGACAGGAUGUUAAAGUUGGAGCUCCAGAUUGAACUUGAGGAGUCAACUUUUUGGAUGGACAGCCAGUCUGUGCUAAAAUACAUCCGCAAUGAUACCAAGAGAUUCCAUACCUUUGUGGUUAAUAGGGUUGGUAUGAUCCGUGACCUAUCGAAAGCAAAACAGUGGAGGUAUUUGAACUCAAAACACAACCCAGCCGAUGAUGCCUCAAGAGGAUUAUACGUUGAAAUGUUCCUGAACUCAAAGAGAUGGCAUAAAGGACCAGAAUUCCUGGAGAAACCAGAAACUCAAUGGCCGAAAGUCCCCGAGGAGCUUGGCUCCAUCCCUCCGGAUGAUCCAGAGGUGAGAAAAGACGUAAUCGUAAACCAUACAAGUGUGGAAGAAAAGAGUCCAACCAGCAAACUGAUUGAGUACUAUUCAACAUGGAACAGCUUGAAGAAAGCAGUUGCCUGGAUGCUGAAACUGAAGAAACGUCUUCUACAGUUAAGCCAGAAAAGGAACAUUUUCUCUCAAACUGGUCCAGAUCAGAGUCUGACAAACUCACUGAAGGAACAAAUUGACAAGUUGAAACUGACGUUUGGAAAAGAAAGUCUGUCUGUGUAUGACCUAGAUGAAGCAGAAAAGGUCAUCAUUCGAUUUGAACAACGACAGCACUUUAAACAAGACAUUGCACUAGUUGUGAAAGGAAAACAAUGUGCCAAGAGAAGUGGCUCAAUCUGUAAGCUUGAUCCAAUUGUUGACAAUGGCAUUCUGAGAGUAGGAGGAAGGUUAACCAAAGCUGCUAUGCCUACGGAACUGUAGCUCAGUUGGUAGAGCAUGGCGCUUGUAACGCCAGGGAAGUGGGUUCAAUCCCUGGGACCACCCAUACGUAGAAUGUAUGCACACAUGACUGUAAGUCGCUUUGGAUAAAAGCGUCUGCUAAAUGGCAUUUAUUAUUAUUAUUAUAUAUUAAAGAAUCCUAUGAUCCUGCCCAAAGACUCCUACAUCUCUAGACUGAUCUUACUCCACAUCCAUGAGCAGGUUGGCCACUCUGGGAGAGGUCACAUGCUUUCUAGACUUCGCCAGCGAUAUUGGAUACCCUGUGCCAACUCUUUAGCAAGGAAGAUCCUUAAGAGCUGUGUCUUUUGCAGGCGGAUGCAAGCUAGAGCUGGAGAACAGAAGAUGGCCGACCUUCCACAAGAUCGGGUGUCACCUGAUUUACCGCCUUUUACCCAUGUGGGCAUAGAUUACUUCGGCCCCAUAGAGGUGAAGCGAGGCCGCGUUCAUGUGAAGCGUUAUGGUGUGAUCUUUACUUGCCUUGUGAGUCGAGCUGUCCAUCUAGAAGGUGCUAGUUAUCUGGAUACUGAUUCCUGCAUCAAUGCCCUCCGCAGGUUCAUCUGUCGAAGGGGCCCAGUAACAAGUAUCAGAACAGACAAUGGCACCAACUUUGUUGGAACACACAGAGAGCUAGGAGAAGCUAUGAAAGAGCUGGAUCACAACAAGAUUCAAAAAGAAUUACUGAAGGAAGGAGUGACAUGGUCAUUCAACCCUCCCUCUGGAGCCCACCAUGGGGGGGGUAUGGGAGAGGUUGAUCCGACUGGUGAAAAAUAUCCUCUAUUCAGUCCUUAAAGAGCAAGUACUGGAUGAUGAGGCUUUGCAGACAGCCUUGUGUGAAGUUGAGGCGAUUAUGAACGACAGACCAAUCACUACUGUAACAAAUGACCCUAAUGAUCUAGAACCCUGACUCCGAACCAUCUGCUUCAUCUGAAGGCUAAGCCAGUCCUGCCACCAGGACUAUUCCAGAGAAGCGACCUAUACUCACGAAGGAGAUGGAAGCAAGUACAAUAUAUCACUGACCUCUUCUGGAAGAGAUGGAUCAGGGAGUAUCUUCCACUUAUGCAGGAGCGGAACAAGUGGAACAAAACUAAGAGAAACUUCAGUCCUGGUGACCUCGUGGUCAUCGUCGAUGACACCGCCCCAAGGAACUCUUGGCUAAUGGGGCGUGUGGUGGAGGCUUUGCCAGGGGCCAAAGGUCUUGUCCGGAGCGUCAUGGUUAAGACUAAGACCAAUAUCUUACAGAGACCUAUCAAUAAACUCUGUCUGCUCCUUGAGGCGACGGAGUGACACACACACACACACACACACACAGUGCUCCAUCUUAGAAUCACGUGCACCUCUGAUUCGUUGAUGUCGUACUCUUACAUUCUUUGAUGUCAUACAUUUUUGGACGUCAAACUCUUGACAUUUUUCGAAGUUGAACACCUUUACACUUCAACUCAGACUGAGAUCUAUGGACUAUUUUCCUAUAUGGUACCUUGUAUAUUUGUAUAUAGCUAUGAACUGCAAUAGUGCUCUGGUAUAGAAUGUUUUGUGUAUUGGCUCUACGUUUGAAUUUAAAGUAAUUGUUGUGCAUUCAGUGCAGUCAACAAUUAGGGGCCGGUAUGUUAGAGCCGAUUUGGACAUAUUUGUAUAAAAGACCGAACAUAUGGAGCUCCAUGUAUAUUUGUGUAAAUAUAUUAAAUAUUAAUGUAAAUGAUGAAA